AUGCUUUCGUUUGAUGACGAUAUUGAUCGAGGUGUGCCGACGACGAGGAGAGACGCGGACGGGGGAUUCCCCGGGCGAGUGCACAGAGAAGCAGUGCCUGAGAAGAGAUUGGAGCGAGAGGAGCAGUUUUCAGAAAAACCUCCUCAUCAACAUAUCAACCUCGGCCUCCACUGCUCGAAGAGCUUAGAACGAGAAAACAAAAAGCGCACCUCUGAACGUUCAAACCUCAUUGUUGUCGUCACAGGAAUGACAGCAGUCAUCGUCAUGGAUGACUCAGAAAAAAGAUGCCUAUUAACACCAACCUCAUUGUCGGAUUCGAGGCAGAAUUUUUCGUUCGUACAGAGUGCCGCAGAUGUUCAGGAUGAUCCACCUUCAUUACCAUCUCCUGACGCUCAAGACACUCCACGAACCCCAACGCCUAAUCUACUAUUGAACUGUCCGCUCAUCUACAGUGAACCAGCACUUGCCGGACAAUGUCAUCAGAUGCCAGUCUCGUUGGCGCCAAUCUUUGCUAUCAGCGAUACGGCGCUGCCACAGAUGUGCUUAAACCGUAAGAGCGACAGCGGUAUAGCUUCAAGCAACGCUGUCAACGAGGAUGAAGCGCAACCAGGUGAACAGGCAACGCCGAAGUCAUCGAUGUACAUGUCGGACGUUUCAUUUGCAACCAGUAUCGCCGGAGGACGACAAAGUCACAAACCAUCGUUUUCAACGCGAGAAAUACGGGAACAACAUCAACGAAUGCAACAAAAGUAUCGCGAAGACACAAAAAGAGAACGACGAUUCACGGAUCCUGUUGAUUUUGAAGGGAUUCUCAAUAUCAUUGGCGGCUGUUCAUGGUGGCAGAUCUGGAUCUACGUGCUGAUAGCUAUGCAACAAAUCCCGCAUGCCAUGUUCAACCUGAAUGUCGUUUACAUGAUGUACGAACCGGAGCACUGGUGUGAGGUACCAGGCUUCGAUGAUCCGAACGAUACCACCGUAUAUCAAUGGGGCCUCCAAGAUGUGCAAAACAUGUCUUUUGUGUUCCCUAAUGAAAACGGAAGAGGAGGAGCGUACAUUAGAGACUCGUGCCACUACUAUGCACGUCCUGUGGAAAGAUACAAGGAGCUUAGAAAAAUGCCAUUACAACAAGCCAUCCAUAGUGCGUGGAAAGAUAGCGCUGUAAAGAAGAAAUGCGAACGAUAUCAUUAUAAAACGGAUGUCAUGCACGAGACCAUAGUAACAGACUGGAAUCUGGUCUGUGAUGACUAUUUCAUGAAGGGACAUGCACAUCUGUUUUAUUCGUUCGGAUACUUGGUUGGAUGCGUUGUGGGCGGUAUGGCGAGUGACAAUUUCGGUCGUAAGCCUACUGUAAUCGGUUUCGGUAUACUAUCGUCGAUGUUUGGAGUCUUCUUACCGUACACCACCUACUACCCAAUGUUCUUGUUCAUUCGUUUCUGCAGUGCCAUCUGUAACGAAGCGGCUGAUCUUGCUGCGUACACCUUGUGUAUGGAAAUUACAGGAACAAGAUAUCGAGCUAUGGUCGGCAGCAUGUUGCAGGUGCCUUGGGCUAUGGGGUACGCCCUGCUGGCUCUCAUUGCCUACUUAGCAAAGAGUUGGAAAACAGUACAGGUUAUUGCUGCUGGACUUCAUUUUGGCGCUGUGUUGUUGAUCUGUUCGCUACCGGAGUCGCCGCGAUGGUUGAUGGUGAAGGAAAGAGUUAAUGAAGCUGAGGAAGUGAUUCGGAAGGCUUGCAGAACACCACCAUUCCCCUUCAAUCUUUGUCGAAUCAACAAGGGAUCAUUGCCUUCCGAUCUGGAGCUAGUUUGUCAUCGAGAAAAACGGCUAAACAAGAAGGGAAAGGUCGGCAUGCUCGAUCUAUUCAAGACAUCUGAGCUGCGAUUCCGAACGAUUACCAUAUGCAUUGUGUUCAUGGCUACAGCGCUUGUAUACUAUGGUUUGGUUAUUGCGCUAUCUGAUCAAUCAGCGCCAGGAAGGGUGUUGUUCACGGGUAACUUUUUCUUGAACAACGCCGUCGCAGGCGCCAUCGAGAUUCCCACUUUAUUCUGCUGUGUGUGGCUGAUGAAAUUCGGACGUAAAAAGGCGCAAAUGAUGACGCUGGUUGCUGGUGGAAUCUCUAUCAUCGUCGCGAUGUUGGCUGUGAUCAGUGAAAACUUCAUGUUGGCACUUUCAUUCAUGAUGAUCGGCAAGAUUUGUAUCCAGGGAGCCUUCAACAUUCUGUAUAUCUUCACAUCCGAACUGUACCCAACGAUCAUUCGAAACACGGCAGUAGGAGUGACGUCUAUGGUGGCUCGAUUUGGAUCGGGAGUCUCGUCUUACAUUGCACUGUUGUCAAUCAACACUUUGCCAAUUGUACCGAUGAUCAUCUUUGCGAUAUUUUCUUUAUUCGCUGGGAUGCUUGUCAGUGUACUGCCAGAGACCAGCGAGAAACCGUUGCCGGAAACUCUUGACGAUGCUGUCACAUUUCUUCGUACGGAACAGAAGGCCUGUUAUGGGUGGGGAAUUUCCGGCCCACACACUCGAAGCAUUUCUCUUCAUGAACAUCCAUCAACAGAGGAAAACGGCAAUGCCUUUCAUGGAGAUAAGGACGAACAGGGAGAUGUACCGGAAUCUGGUCGAAGGCGACAUCCAGCAGGUGGUCAGCGCCGAAUGAUCUCUCCACGCCCUCAAAUCAAUAUUCCGAGAAAUGAAAGCCGCAACGAUUCGAUCCUUCAAGACUUAGCAGACCUGUCAAUUCCGGAACGUCUACCGGAAGCAUUCGGGGAAGACUAG